AUGGCAUUGAAGCUUAUCCGCGACAACGGAGCAUAUCAAAUGGUGUUUCCGCCGAAUUCGAGGAGAAUUGUUGCUGUUGGUGGUGGUGGUGCUGGUGCUGGUGGCGGUUUUGGUGGUGGUGGUGCUGGUGCUGGUGGUGCUGGUGGUGCUGGUGUUAGUUGUGGUGUCGGUGGUGUCGGUGGUGUCGGUGGUGGGGGGAUGCUGGUGAUGGUGUUGGUGGUUUUGGUGAUGAUAGUGCCGGUGACACCGGGUUUGCCUCGUUUCUGGCUGGUUGUCUCACCACGUGCAUCUGUGGACAGGGUGUGGUCCCAUGGUUCCUCAGUCCGAUUCAGUGGACCUGGGUAUACCAAAGUGAGUCUGGGCAGUACGCAGCCAGUCCGCUCUCCGUUUAGUGAACCGAUCACUACUAAUAUUCAGUCAACAUGCAGUGUGAAACUGGUUUCAGAAAUACGCGGAAAGGAUUUGGGAUUAAGCUCAUUCUGUGUUGUUGUUGUUGCUGCUGCUGCUGCUGUUGUUGUUGUUGUUGUUGUUGUUGUUGUUGUUGUUGUUGUUGUUGUUGUUGUAUCAUAA